UCCAGAGUCCAUCCAUCCAUCCGGGGAUCCGGGGUGAUUGAGUGCGAAAAGUGAUCUUCAAGAACAUCUGUGCGUGUUUUUUUUUUUUUGUACGACCCCUUUUAUCUGUCAUCAUUUUAUUUGAAUCGCUGUCACGCUGACGUUCCUCUUUGCGCAGGAAUGGCGAAUUGUGCCGAUGAAGCCGAUGGAGCUUGGCUUAAUACAAUAAAAAAAAUUUUCGUGGGUAAAGGAGACGAUGCUUCCGUCAUCCUUCCUACGAGCCUUCAGAGUGAGGCGUAUAACAUGAACCACCCACAGAGAGGAAUCUGUGCCAUCUUCAACCACAAGGUAUUCAAAAGCAAGCUAAACUUGGAGGAACGAACGGGAACAGAUGUUGAUGUCCAGAACCUGAAAUCAUGCUUCUCUAGACUUGGCUUUGAUGUCGUCAUAUACGAUGAUUACUCGGUGAAACAGAUGAGGAAUACUCUCGAAUCAUUGUCCAAGAAAAGCCAUACCGAGCAUGACUGCUUUGUGUGCUGCGUGCUGACCCACGGAGGCGAAGGUUUUGUGUACGGGGAAGAUGGAAGACUUCCAGUGAAGGACAUCAUGAAACCCUUUCUUGGUUCCAGUUGUCUUGACUUAGUUGGCAAGCCAAAGAUUUUUAUUAUUCAGGCAUGCCGAGGUACCACGAAAGACAAGGGCGUCACAGUCGUUGCUGAUACAACCGACUCCGACGCUGUUUGCAAACUACCAAGCCACGCAGACAUUCUUUCGUGCUAUAGCACGGUAGCAGAUCACGUAUCUUGGCGAAACAUGGGAUUAGGUUCAUGGUUUCUGCAAGCCCUGUGCAAGGUCCUGAAUGAGCAGUCCCACAACACGGACUUGCUCACUAUGCUGACCACGGUCAAUCGGUACGUGGCCGUCUGCUUCAAGUCGUGCGACAGCGAGAACAAGAAGCUCUGCGGAAUGAAACAGGUGCCCUGCGUCCAGCAUACGCUCACGAGACUGAUAUUCUUCGAGCCAAAGGUCACAACAACAGAACAAACUUUCAUUGUUGACACUCACUCCGGUUGUUGAAGCUACGAACAAAUGAAAUUAAUAAAGAAAUUAAAUACUUGCAAAGAUUA